AUGGCUGUGAAAAUUCUGCCGCUGAGUCGGAAGAAUCAUCUCAAGAGUUUGCUGCUGCAGAUAGGCAAGACAAUGCUGGAGGAGGAAGCUCAGGAGGGCAAGAAGGAGAAAAUGAAGUACAUGGAGGAGAACUGCCCCACCCCCUCCAUCCCUCAGAGCACCCAGGAGCUCCAGGAGCUGUGUCGACAGCUUCACAAGCAGAUUGAUUUGGUGGAUGAGGAGCGAUACGACAUGGAGAGCAAAGUAAAAAAAUGCAACAAGGAGAUCGACGACCUUAAGGUGAAGGUUCAAGACCUGAACGGGAGGUUCAAAAAGCCUGCCCUGAAGAGGGUGCGCAUGUCAGCUGACGCCAUGCUGGCCGCCCUGCUGGGCUCCAAACAUAGAGUGUCCUUAGACCUCAGAGGCAACCUGAAGCAGGUCAAGAAGGAGGCCAAAGAGGAGGAGAAGGAGACAGGUGACUGGAGGAAGAACGUUGAAGAUAAGUCUGGGAUGUACGGCAGAAAAAAGAUGUUCGAAACAGAGACCUAA